GGAGACAUCUAUCUCAUGAAGAAGCUGGACCGAGAGGAAAAACCCUUCUACACAUUGCGGGCACAAGUGAUAAACAAAGCAACCAAUCAGCUUGUUGAACCAGAGUCUGAAUUCAACAUCAAAGUCCAGGAUAUCAACGACAAUGAACCCAGGUUUCUGAAUGGUCCUUAUGUUGCCACCGUCCCUGAAAUGUCACCUGAUGGAAUUAUUCGGGUAGCUUUACCUAAUAUGGACAGAGAGGUCAAAGAACAUUACAUGGUUAUUGUUGAGGCGAAAGACAUGGCUGGAUUGAAAGGAGGUCUCUCAGGGACAACAACUGUGACCAUCACCUUAUCUGAUGUUAAUGACAAUGGACCAAAAUUCCAACACAAGCUGUACCACUUUUCCGUGCCAGAAUCGGCUGAUAUCGAGACCACCAUCGGGAAGGUGAUGGCUACUGAUGCCGACAUUGGACAAAAUGUAGAAAUGACCUACACUGUAGAAGGCAGUGAUGGCUCAGAUACCUUUGGCAUACUUACAAAUAGUGAGACCCAGGAAGGUGUCGUCAUUCUAAAGAAGACUCUGGACUAUGAGGCCAAAAGAUGGUUUAGCCUCAGGGUGGAAGCGCUCAAUAAGCACAUUGACCCGCGGCAGCUCCAGCUGGAACGGUUUAAAGAUACAACCAGUGUGAAGAUCAAUGUGCUUGAUGUUGAUGAGGCCCCGCUCUUUCUCUCUCCCACCUACACUUUCUGGGUUCAAGAAAACCAGGAGCCAGGAGCCUUUGUAGGAGAGGUGACUGCCAGGGACCCCGACGCUGCAAACAAUUCAAUCAGGUAUUCCAUUGAUCAUCAGACAAAUAUGGGCGGUGCCUUCAUCAUUGAUGCAAGCAGGGGGACCAUCGUAACUUCUCAAUCCCUCGACCGAGAGGAGACCCCUUGGUACAAUGUAUCAGUGUGGGCUUCAGAAGCAAAUGACUCAAAGAAGAUUACCUCUGUUUUGAUACACAUAGGAGUCCUGGAUAAGAAUGAUCACUCUCCGAUGUUUCCAAUUCCCUACGAAACAUUUGUAUGUGAAAAUGCAAAGUAUGGGCAGCUCAUUCAGACCAUUAGUGCAGUGGACAAGGAUGAUCCGGUGGAUGGCCAGCAUUUCCGCUUCACUCUUGCUACAGAUGCUACCAGUAGUCUCAACUUCACUGUCAGAGAUAAUCAAGAUAACACCGCUGCCAUUCUGACACGGACAACUGGAUUUAAUCGCCGGGCACAGGCCUUUUACUUGCUGCCCAUCCUGAUUGAGGAUAAUGGGAUGCCUUCUCUGAGCAGCACCAAUACCCUCACUGUCUUUGUUUGUAAAUGCAGUAACAAUGGAGUUGGCCAACUAUGCAACACUGAAGCUUUCCUGCUCCCUGCUGGCCUUAGCACAGGAGCCCUCAUCGCUGUGGUAGUCUGCCUUCUGAUGAUAUUAGCAAUUAUCCUCCUCCUCCUCACGCUCAGGCAACACAAGAAGGAGCCUCAGUCGCCUGACGAAGGUGAUGACGUGUGUGAGAACAUUAUCCGAUACGACGAUGAAGGAGGCGGAGAGGAGGACACGCAGGCUUUCGACAUCGCCACCCUGAGAGGGUCUCACCUUCGGCGAGCAGCCAAGCUCCGUGACAAAGUAAAACCAGAAGUUCGGUCAGUAUGUCGGCAGUCUCUUGGGCUGGGGCCUGAUGCUGCUGUAUUCCGAGAGUUUAUCAACGACAGGCUCAGGGAAGCGGACUCGGAUCCCUCUGCUCUCCCAUAUGAUUCCCUGCAAACGUAUGCAUUUGAGGGGAGCGGCUCACUGGCAGGGUCCCUGAGCUCAAUCUCCUCAAUAGCCUCUAGUUCAGACCCACCUUACAAUUAUCUCUGCGACUGGGGUCCCCGAUUCCGCCACCUGGCUGAACUGUAUGGGAACUAUGACUCAGCCUCAUGA